CGGCGGCGCUCCCGGCGGCAGCAUCCACUCGGGCUGCAUCGCCGCCGUGCACAACGUGCCGCUGAGCGUGCUCAUCCGACCGCUGCCGUCGGUGCUGGACCGGGCCAAGGUGCAGAGCCUGGUGGACGCAAUCCGGGAGGACCCAGACAGCGUGCCGCCCAUCGACGUCCUCUGGAUCAAAGGGGCCCAGGGUGGUGACUACUACUACUCCUUCGGUGGCUGCCACCGCUACGCAGCCUACCAGCAGCUGCAGCGAGAGACCAUCCCCGCCAAGCUCGUGCAGUCCACCCUCUCUGACCUCCGAGUGUACCUGGGCGCGUCCACACCGAAUCUGCAGUAGCAGCUUCCAUGCCAUCUGCUGUCGCCACAUCCAGGAAGAGACACCUGGCCCCCAGCAGGCGGGCCACACAGAAAGGCCAACAGAGGCACCCCUUUUUGCACAUGGGGGUGGGGUCUGACUCUCAGCACCCCCUUUACUAGCUGUCAGACCUGGGAUUCAUGCUGAGUAGUGUGAGAGUCCCUGUUCCCACCUCUGUGAGAGUGAGGUCAGGGCCUCAUCCCUGAGUGAGGAGAUGGAUCUGGAAAUUCGCAGGACAAGGACCUUCUCGUUGUCUUUAUGCUUCCUAUUAAGUGGACUGCUCAGCUGCAGAUAAAGACAGGCCUAGGUGACAGGGACUUCAGCAAAGAAAGGCUGAAUUCUGGAGGCAAAUAACCAAAGUGCUAUUGCUUCAGUAACUCGACAGAGAUAGGGUUUAUGUCUCUAAAAUACUUUUGCCACCGUUGCUUAUUACUUCAUGGUCAUAAGAUGGCUGCAGUAUCUCCAGGAAUCAUGUAUGUGUCCAAGGAAGAAAGGAGUAGAGGAAGAGGAAGGGCCAGCCCGCUGGACAUGUCACUUCCAUCAGAAAGUGUAAUCUGUCCUACUCUGUCCCCUGUAUAUUUCCACUUAGCUGUCCUUGGCCUGAGCCAGGUACCAUUGCCCUCGCUUUGAAGAAAGCUAACAUAGCAGGGAGCAGAAUUUGCCAUGGCUGAGCACACCAGUCUUGUGCCAUCUCCUGGGACUGGCACUCUGCCUCUUGAAAUAAACUUUUCUCACCAGAAAAGAAGA